AAAAAAUAAUGGACUAAUCUUUUUGUAAUGCAUGACCCUUGCUUAUUUGCCAUGUCAUAUUGUCAUAAGAUAAUAUUUCAGAGAUUUUAAAGCUUUCAUAUGAAGGAUAAUCUGCAAAGGGAGAGUGUAUAGAUGAUAUUCUUAAAUAGUCAGAUGUGAUCAGUGCCUGAACACUUGUGUGUUUGCUUCAUGCUUGUGUUUUAAGGUGUGUUCUGUGUGCAGCCAGACAUCACCAGGAACCCUUCUACAUCACCAGAACUGCACUGUGUUCCUAACUCCUGUGGCCUCGUGUAUUUGGGAUGGUUGUUCUUAUAGAAACAAAGCCUAAGCUGCUUUCUUACUGUUAGAUGCAUAUUGAAUGAUUACUGUGUUUAUCAUCACUACUAAAAUAAUAAGUAUUAAUGAUCAGGAUCUAUACAAAAGAUUGAGCCCAUGUACUUCAUGCAGCUGGUAAACAUAGUAGGAGACACUCUUUGUUUGAAGGCUUUACAACCUAAAUAGACAUGCAGCAAGAGGUGUUAUUAUCUCCUCUUCACAGAUGGUGACCAAGAUAAACUGACAUGUUGUGCCAAGGGAUACAGGCAAAUGUGAGGGGGCAGGGAGGGAGCGAGCCAGGGCUGAAGCUGGGCUACCAGCUUGGCCUGACUGUGACCACUCUCCCUCGUUGCAAACUGAAUAUGGGCUUCCCUCUGCUUGCCGACAGGCAGUGUAUGACAAGCAGCUUCCUCCCCAGCUCCUCCAGGCACGGUUUGGCCCUCAUAAUUGGCUUCUGCCAAGUGCUGCAAGGUUCCUGUAUACCCAGGAAGUGUUUGGAAAUGGUUGGCUUCACAAAGGAGAUUUUUUCCAUUCUGUCUUGCAGAUGUUGUUUUAAUGCACAUUUGACAGUUGAUUCUCUGCUUUAACAUCAUGAUCUGGAAGCUGUUCACUUUGGAUGUUUACAGCUGUUCUUGGGUUUAACAGCAGUGCUGCACUCAAACCUUUCCACAGUCCAGGAUUCCUCCCUGAAUUUAUCACGAGGAAAUGCUGCCUUUAAAAAUAUUCUAAUUCUUACAGAUGGGUUAGUGAAAGGCAUUAUAUAAUACAGUGCUGGCACUAGAAACAGACUCUGUGACCCAGAAGAUAACUUCCAGUCCUAUGCUACUGUUGCCUGUGAUACAAUGACUUAUUUUCAGUGCAACACCACUGAGCAUUGCAAGUUCUCUUUUGACAUGAAAAUCCCCUGAAUGGUGACAAGGAGCAGAUCACUCUCUUGUCACUGCUAUAAUGUAUUUAUACUCAGAUGCAACUCCAUUUUAGGGUGGGUGUUCUAUUUUGACCUCUCCUACAGGACAGGUAUAGAAAAUUAUUCCUGUCCUGAGCUGCCAAGACAACAGGAAAUGUUAGCAGAUACUAAGUGACAAUUUACAUCUCCCAGUUGUCCUUCCAGCAUAAAAUUGGGGGUGUGUUUAUCAUGCAGUUAUGUUGUAGCUCCACUUUAACUGGCAGGUUAGUUUUCAAAUGUGACUUAUAACGUGAAUCUUGUUUCCAUGUUGGAGAGCUUCCACAUUACUGCAUGAAAUUUGAAUGUGUUGAAAUAAUGAGAAUGCAGCGGUGGUGGUGGCUGGGAGGCAGGGAUUAUAUGAAAGCUUUCAGGAUGCUCCUAGCAGUGUGCUGCAUUAGCCAGGGGAUUUUUAUGGGCACAGAGGCACAAAGUAACCCCUCUAAUCCCUUUCUCACUGGCUUACAGACUCUGAAGAAGCUUAAUAAUUACAGAGGAAUGCAGUCAAAGUGUUUUUAAGGACAUAUGUGCAGAGGCUUAUUUUAGUCAUUUCCUAACAGCAAAUGCACUGGCGGAUUCUCAAGGAGAAUUCUGGGCACAAAUUUUCCCUUCUCUCAACCCACCCAACAAAAAGAUGAUUUACGCUUAUAUCAAAAAGAGGCUUAACCAGUGUGGAGCUGAAAGAAUAUUUCCCAGCCUGUAGGAUUAUGGUUUUUCCACAGCCACACCACUCACCCUCUCCUUCUGGUGAAAUACAAAGCAUAUCCCUGUUCUGCUGAGCCUCCCAGAUGGGCUUUUUAAAAUUUUUUUUCAAUGAAAAGGCCAACAGAAAGCCUGCAUGUUCCCUUUAAAAUAUUAUUCUAUCCUUCGGAACUAUUUCACCUUCUCUGAAAUCACUGGUUCAGCUGAUGGUGACUCCGCUGCUUAUGUAUCGUUAUCCAUAAACUUGAAUGCCACAGAGACAGCAACAGGAAUUAUCCCAGAAUAUGAACAGAGUUUCUUAACCAGAGCUUGGUACACUGCUCUCACUUCUCUUCAGCGUGGCUGCUGUUCUUCACUUCUUCCUGAGAUGCCAUGCUCCUUUCUGGAAGAGGUUGCCUGGAGCUGCCCUAGAAGGAUAAGGAUCUCAGAAAUUUUGCAGACCACUGGUGCUCCACAAAGGGUGAGAAAACAGCUGAGCAGCAGGAAGGAAAGGUAUGCCUUUGGAAUAGUGAAGAGAAGAGAAAGGGAGGAAGUAAAAGGGAUUUUGCAGAACAUGCCUGGUAUUUCAAGACUUCCUGCAAUACCAGCAGCAUUGAUGCUUCCCACUGUCAGCUGCAUGACCAGAUGUGUCAGACAUGCUCUGCUCUUGUGGAUACAGCUGAGAUUUAUGGACAUGCAGCCAUCUGGUCAGAGAUGCUCUGCAGAGAUGCUUCUUCACAGUGACCCCUUUGCUUCAGUGAUCCCUACCUACUUCAGGCAGCGAGAAGUGAAGUUCAACACACAGACCAUCCCCAGAAAAAGUCAGAAACAACUCUGGGACAAGUCAUGGCUGUUGGAUACAGUGACAGAGUGGCCUCAUAGGAAAGCAGGAGAAUAAGACGGGACAGGCAGGUGCCAACAAGGUACCCCUAAACGCACUCUAACAAGUCCUUGUUCAUGGGAAGUGGGCACUGACUGCUGUGACACCCAGGGUUUCCUUCUGCCUGUGCCAUGGCUGUGCUUCUUCAUUUAGUCAUGUGCCAAAUACGUACCUGAAACCCAACCUGUCAAAUCCACCUUAUGACCUAUCUUUAAAUCAUUUAAAACUCUACCUACCAGAGUCCUUCCAUCAGCUUUGCACACACAGCCUGUCUGUGAGCACAGUCUGAGCUGAAGCUUGAUGGGAUGACAAGCACUCCAUGUGUGCUCAGGGAAUGCUGCACUUUGGAGCAUGGAAAUGGAAUCCCUCAGUCUCCCAUCUACAACAAUGCCACCAUCCGUGGCAGACCAUUCACACACAGGCUAACAGCAACCCCAUGGCAGAGGAGACAAUGCAUUUUAUGCAUUAAUUUUUGAUGAAUCAUCUACAGAGCUGUACAAAAUAUUGCACUUAAACCUGCUGGAAUCAGACUUGGAUAUAUUUAUAAUCAUUAAAGUCUGACCAUGUUAUCAAAGCUUCUACAUUCUUGUCUGAACUGGAAAGCCAGUUAAUCUCCUUCAUUUGGAGACACACAAAGAGGGAGGUGGCAGACAGCUGCUUUGGUCCAGUGCAGUCUCCCUGCCAGCUAUAAGGAGGUUGUUUGUGUAUUUAAGAUAUAUUAAGCUACAGAGCAAAAAUAUCAUCACCCCAAAUAUACAGGUUCACAAAAUUUCAGGUGUCUGCAAGUACAUUUUACAUAGGCUUUAGCUUUUAUCACCCUCUCAUAUCUGUUUCCGUUGGGUGCCCAGUAACCUCUCUUCCUCUAAAUGUAAUGUACAAUUCUUCCUGCAGCACUUUCACACAGCUGCCACUCCUUUAAAUCAACCUGUCAGAGAAGCAUUUCCUCAUUGCCUCUCCAAGUGCAGGCUCCUUUCUCCCUUCUCACUAAAUCAUCCUGGCUUAAUGCCCAGAACGGGCAAUGUUCAGUUCUGGACAAAUGACAAUUUUUCUUUACAGAUGAAAAUGUGUCUGUGUUUAGCAUUUUCUUUUCCAACCACACAAAAUUAGGAACAAGAGUUUUAUGAAUUUGUAGAAGUUGUUUCUGUUUCCCAAUACUGAAAAGUCCUAAAGGGUUUCUGGUUAACAGAUUUCAAAGUUUUAUCAUUUUUCUGAACAAAAGAGUAAAUUAUUUUCUAAGUUCAUUUGUAUUUAUUCAAUUUUAUUUGUCUUUCAUUCUGAGACACGUAUUGUCAAAGAGAGGAAACAAGAAGGAAUAAGAGUGGAGUAAGAGGACAUAGGAACUAUCUGAAACAAAGUUACAAUAAGAUGGCAAAAAAGGGAAAUGUUGCAUGGAAAAGAGUAAAGGCAUAGACAGCUAGACAACAGUGCUCUGGCUGCUAGAAGGAAGCUGUAUCUACCCUACAUCAGGAGAAAGAGUAAGGCUCAAAGUACAUAGGUCAGUAAAAAAAAAGGGGAAAAUGGAAUAUUAGGUUCUAGAAUAUAUUAUUAUGACCUUUGUGACUAUGAGUCUUUUCUGAAAUUGAAAAUAAUGAAGAAAAAAAAACCAGAUUGGAUUUGUUUAGCCACUUCCUGAAAAUACCUCCUUAAAAUCAUACUUUGACGUGAAGGAGUUGUCCUUCUAGUGGGGAUUGCUGCCUGAUACCAUUAAGAAACUGCUAUAUUUUACUCAAUGUUUAUACUUUCUAAUUAUGGGCUUUUUUGAUGCUUUCUCCAGCAUAUUCUCUUAAUUUCCCUGCAAAUCUGUCUAUAAAGGGACUUUUUGUCAUUGCUGUUUCUGAUCUAGACCUGAGAGUUAGCUCCCUCUCAGCACCACCAGUUUCAGUCAGACAUGGAGUCUGCUGUAUUUAUCACUUUCUGGCCAUAGUGUGUCAAUAAAUGCCCUUAUCACUGUCUCAAUGUUCAUAAAGAACAGACAGUGACACAUUCAAUGCCAUCUCCCUCUUACGAUUCCUUCUGGGGUGGUUUCAGAACUGGUCUUCACCCAGAGGAGUGUUUGGGUGACUGCCUGAAAGAGCCACCUUGCGCCUGGGGAAUCCGUAGAUGGAACGUCAUCCAAAAAGCCUCCUAGGCAUGGCUGCUUCCUUCUGUGCUCACCCAGCCAUGGACAGCAAACAGCCACAGCCUGCCAAGCGCUCAUGGGCUCACACACGUGACCACUGAGCUCUCUCUUGUGCCAGUUAAGGGCUCCUUUCCCUGGCUGCCACACACGCCUGCACUAACCAGGAGAUUCACUGCAAAUAACAGCACUGGCCAACAGUUGGCUUUGCUUCCACUUUCUUCUGGGUGUUCUUUGUGGUUACUGGCAUACAAAUAGCAUGCACAGCCCUCACUUUCCUCUAGGUCUUAGAUUUAAUUAAAGACUACACAAAAAAUAUUACAUAAAGCAGUAUGAAAAUUUAAUGCUAAGAUGCAGCACUGCCUGCUGGUGACAGUGCUGUCUCUUUGGGCAUGAUGAUGCAUCUGUAUGGAUAGUUACAGAAUUACAUUAAAUCAACUAAAGAUUGCCAAAAGAAACUCUAAAGGAAUAACAUUGCAAUGCACUAUUGAGAGCUAGGCUUAUUAGAGUUAAUCAAUUUUUUUAUCUAUGCAGCAAAAUAUUUAGAAGAUCUAUACUAUGAUUCUAGGAGCAGCAAAAGUCUUAGAGUUCUGAUCGUCAGUGAGAAAAGUCACAUGAAGAGUGAAAAGUUAGUUUCCAAAGUAGAGAAGUGAAUGCAACAUAAACAAAUCUGAGUUUAAAAUCUUGUAAUAUCCUCUCCAAAUUUAUAUCUGUUAUACAACAAAUCAUGGCAAAUGUGUUUAUGUGACCACCCUAGAGAUCAUUCUGGCAAAUAAAGUGAGAGAGAGAGCGAGAGAGAGAGACAGCACUGGGGGAUUUUCCAUACCUUUUGCUUUUAAAUUAAAAUCUUAAUUCUGCAUGUCCCAAGCAGAUUUUCCAAAGCUUUAUUUUUUCAUCAAAAAUAAGGCACUUCAUUUGUUCAUUUUUUACAGGUGAAUUUCUUUGCUGCUUCUACCUAUUAAGCACAUUGAGUCCCAGGUCAUGUAAUAUUCAAAAAAGAAAACAGCAUUAAUGAAAGUUAUCAAGGACUUGGAAUAAGCAUGCACUAUGGGCUUUCAGUUGUGAAGAGAAUAAGAGAGAUGAAUUCUCAAACACUCUGUGGUCUUGGCAGCAUCAGGCUUCCACAAUUAACUCUUAAGAGUUCAGACAAAACCAUACAUGAAUGUAUUUAAGGAAGCUGGACUGACAAAGAGAGAUGAAAUAUUAUCAUCUUAAUAUUAAUGUCUGUAUUUCACAGGUAUUGUAUUCACACAGAUACUUAUUUCACGCAUUUUUUAUAUAGGCUAAAUUAUAAGUUUGGGUCCAAAUUUUACCCCAACAAAUUAUUCUGGAAUAUGAGGUUUUGUGAAGGAAUGUUCUAUUGCAGGUAAAGUAAAAACAUCAUGCAAGUCAAUAGUUUUAUUGAAGUCAACAGCAAAAUCUGAAUUAAUUUGCAAGGCAUUGUGCUUCACUUUUGUAGCUUUGCCAAAAACACAGAAAAAGAGGGACAUAGAGAAGGAGUGGUCAUUUUAUGAACAGAAGAAAAGGAAAGGAAUAGAAGAAAAGGGAAAAAAAGGAAAGGAAAGGAAAGGAAAGGAAAGGAAAGGAAAGGAAAGGAAAGGAAAGGAAAGGAAAGGAAAGGAAAGGAAAGGAAAGGAAAGGAAAGGAAAGGAAAGGAAAGGAAAGGAAAGGA